UGAAAGACCAUCAACAAAGUUUUAUACUGCCCAGAAAGAAAGAAAAUCAUGAUGAAGAAGAAGAAACAGAGCAGAUCCCUAUCUUCUUCUACCAAGAAAACUCUUGAACCAUCCUCAGAUUCUUCACCUUCACCUAGGCUCCUCUCCAUUAUCCGUUCUAAGUUGGCAAGUGGUAAAGACUUGAAGCAUAUGUUCAGAGGUAUGAGGAGUAGAACCGUGCCUGGAUUAUCUUCUCAGUCUAGGAUCGUGAGAUGUCCCAAGUGCCACAAACUUCUCCAGGAACCUUUAGAUGCGACUUCUUACAAAUGUGGUGGAUGCGACUCUAUUCUUCAUGCAAAACGUUUGGAACUGGAAGGCAAUGAUCACACAAACACUAUUCCUCAGGCUCUCCUUUCUUCUCAAAACCGCAGUUUAAGUGCUGAGGUAGAAUCUCCAGAAUAUGGUAGUAGAACUCCAAUGAGAAGUACUCACCGGGAAUACAAUUCAAGGGCAUCGCCUUCUGUUGAAAGGGGUUAUCAUCCAGAAACUGUUUACAAGCAUGAGACAUCCGAUAUCCGCAGAGAAUGGAUGAGAAGGACUGAUGACUUCAGUGAGACCGGUGAUUCUGAUGCGUUUGCUUCAGCAAGAAGCUCUCCAUAUAACACACGCAGCAAUGCCUCGCAAUGGGCACGACAUGAGGGGAGAUAUGAAGAUCCACCUCAGGUUACUUUCUAUCCAGCAAGUCCUUCCCCUUCUUCUGCUUAUGAAUAUGGCUACAGUAGUCCUUUUCACGGGUCUCACGUUUCUGCAUCAGAGCAGUCUUAUUAUCAUCAUCACCCAAACCAAUUCAAGCAGUACGGAAGAGAAGGCUGGUUUCAAGAAUCUUCUGUUGCUUCACCUACUCGUUUUCCGGGUGAGACAUCUGAUGGAAAGAACUAUCACAGGUCUUCUCAGUCUCAGCUGCAUGAUCUUCAGUAUCAUAAUAUUUAUGAACCCAGUAGCUCUGUAAUCCCACAUCACUCUGUGUACUCUGAGCGUAAUUAUGUAGCAGCUGCAGCGCCACACCACUCUACAUACUCGGAGCAUUCCAUAGGGAUUUCUAAGAGUGACACAAGUAGUGAAAAUAUCUCAUUAAGGAACAAAAAACGGUAUGUCAGGGAAAGGAAUCCGGUGGUGAAGCGCCAUAUUCUUCCUUCAGCAGGCGGUGCACCUUUUGCAACUUGUUCCUAUUGCUUGGAACUUCUACAUCUUCCUCAGGUGUCUCCCCAAGGAAAACGUAAAAGAUAUCAAGUGAGAUGCGGCAGUUGUUCCGGUGUACUUAAGUUCUCUAUUCGAGAGAAAGCAGAUACUGUCCUGGAUUCACCUAGCUUUGUGGAUUAUGGCAUGGAUUUUGCAGAUGAGAAUGUUACUAAUCAUCAGGAUUCAGCAUCAGAAGGUUAUGAAGAGAUUUAUCCUGAUGGAAAUCAUCUGCCGUGUUUAGACGACGAUUUUGGAGAUACAAUCUGCAAAAGCAACGAUGCUGUUAUUUUGAGUCAAAGUCUAGAAACAUUUGAGGAUAAGGGGAUUAAAGAAGACAUGAGGAAUAUAUCCGGCAAACUAUUAGAUUUGAAAUUGGAGGCAUUGCAGCCUCAUCUAAAACCUGUGGUGAACCCCAGAUUAAGGGAGCAACAACCUGCAUCAAGUGAGACUAUUGGAGAGACUUCCAGGAUUCAUCUAGAGCAAUCUCAGGAAGCUCAUUCAGAAAAGUCAACCGAGAUGGAUAAUAACAAUUGUGAAAGAGCCUGGUGCGAUUUAGAAGAGCUUGAAUAUGAGAAGAACGAAAUUAUUAAGCCAGAAGAAAUUGUAGGAGAAGGAUCAGGUGAGUCCUUCGAAGUUCCAGUAUACCAGAACGAAAGGAUGAGUGAAUCAAGUGAAGAAGAUGAGAGAGUUGCAGAGAGAUCGGUAUCUCAUAGUGUGGAAAUUCUAUACGAGAACGAAUACGUCAGUGAAACACGUGUACAGUCUGAGAAUACCGGAGACGCUAACGAGUCUGAGUGGGAGGAGACUCAAGAAAAUGAAGAAUAUGGAGGUGAAAGUACAUUGAAAGAGAACGGAGACAAACCGCAGUUGCAUUUGGAGAAAUAUAGGUACAUUCGAGAUUCUAUCUGUGACAGCAGCUUAAGCUAUGGUGAACCAUUUGAGGAUACAUCAGUCAAGGAAGAUACGGAGCACAUAUCAAACACAAUUUCAGAUGAUAACUCUUUGGUGAAUGAGAAUCAGAGGUUUAUAGGACAUCCUGACCAAUCAGGUGAAGCUACAGUAACAAUAUCUAGUAUCCAGGAGCAGUCCAAGUAUGAGUAUGAGAAUUUAAGCGAAAGACAAGAAUUGGAAAUGACCAUUAGUGACAGAGUACGGUAUGAGUUAGAGGAGUCUAGAUACGAGACAAAUGAAACUCUUGAGCCGAGCAAGGUGGUCGAAGAUGGAUCUGUUGUUUCUUUCGCGAAGGCGAGUGAGGCAUUCGAAACAAUCAUAGAAGGCGAGACAGGUGGCGAGAGACUGGUAUCUCAUCAAAUGGAUUCUCCAAACGAGAAAGUAGAAAAUUCUUAUGGAACACUAGAACCAGUUUAUCUAGAAGAAAGCGGGUUUGCAGGUGAAAAUACGUGGGAAGGGACAAUAUAUGAUAGAGCGGCGUUGCAUUUGGAGGAAUAUGAAAGCAACUAUGAGAAUUACAGCAGACCAUUUGAAUGGACUUCAGAAACAGCUCCAACAUUUGGCAUGCAUGAUUAUGAGCUAGGGACAAUACUUGAACCAGACGAGGAUGCUGAUGGAAGAUCAGAAUCCAGUUCACGGGGUUCCUUCAAUGAUGAUGGAAGUUCAGAAGAGAGGGUCAUUUUUCAUGAUUCUCAAGAUGCUAUACCCGAGCAGUCCCACGAUGAGCAUGAGAGCUCAAGCAAAAGACAAGAGUUGAGUGACACCGUUUUUGACAUAGUAAGGUCUGAAUUACAGGAGUAUAGAUAUGAGACCAAUGAACCACUUGAGCCAAGCAAGAUGGUUGGAGAUGAAUCUGUUGUUCCUGUUGAGAAGGCGGGUGAAACUUUCAUAAGCGAAAAGGAUGAAGAGAACUCGGUAUCUCAUCAAAUGGAGUCUCAAAAUGAAGAUAUGGAAAAUUCCUACGGAACUAUAGAACCUGUUUAUCUGGAAGGAAGCAGAUGUGAAAGAGAAAAUCCAUGGGCAGAAACAAUGGGAGAUGGAGUGGGGUUGAAGUUAGAGGAAUAUAAAAGCUAUCCCUUUGAAUGGACUUCCGAACGAGCUCCAGCAUUUCAUCUGCAUGAGUAUGAACAAUGGACAGUGCCUGAACCAGAAGAGGAUGCUAAUGGAAGAUCAAUACCCAGUUCACGGGAUUCCUUUAAUGACCAUGAAAGUUUAAAAGAGAAAGUUGUGUCUCAUGAGGAGGAGCCCUGGCUACUGGAUGAGAACAAAACGGAAGCACUAAAAGUUGGUGUAAUGGUGGAAGAUGGACCUUCGCUUCACCUGACGAAAUGCGAAAAUGAAUCAAUGAAAUUGGAAGAGACACUUGAAUGGACUUCAGAAAGAGCUCCAACAUUUCGUCUGCAUGAGUAUGAACUAGGGGAAAUGCUUGAAUCAGACAACGAUGUUGAUGAAAGAUCAGAUUACAGUUCAAGGGGUUCCUUCAAUGACCAUGGAAAUUCAAAAGAAAGAGAGUUGUUCAAUGAGGAGGAGCCCCAGCUGGUGAUUGACGGCAGAACCGAAGCGCUACAAGUAGGCCAAAUGGCAAAAGAUACGGUAUCACUGCACUUGGAGGAAUGCGGAGAUGAAUCAAUGAAACUGGAUGAGACAUUUGAAUGGACUUCAGGGAGAACUUUAACGUUUCGUCGCCAUGGGUAUGAGGUAGGGACAAAGCUUGAACCAGACGAGGAUGCUGAUGGAAGAUCAGAAUCUAGUUCAAGGGGUUCCUUCAAUGAACGUGGAAGUCCAAAAGAAAGAGCUGUACUUCACGAGGUUGGGCCUUGGCUGGUGGAUGAUUAUGAAAACAACGCACUAAAAGUAGGUGUAAUGGCAGAAGAUGGAUCGCUGCACUUGGAGAAGUGCGAAAAUGGAAAAAUGGAAUUGGACGAGACACUUGAACCAAGCGAUGAUAUAUUCAGGCUCAGUCUUGAUGACACACUUGAGCAAGAAAGGAUGACGUUUCAUUUAAAGAUGUCUCAAGAUAAGCAAGAAAAUCUAAGGCAUACCUUUAAACAAGGUGAGGCUGAAAAAGAUGUACCAGGAUUUGGUUCAAGGGUAUCUUCGGAGGGCCAUGAAUCUCCAAGUAAAAUGGCAGAACUAGAUAGUGACACUGAAGAGGAGAUACUGGGAGACCACUUAGAACAUUUGCAGAAACAGAAUGAGAAGUCAGGUCUAACCUUUGAACCACAUGCUCAUAUCUACAGCACAACGGAGCCUUCUGAAAUUGUGGGUUUGCGUCAUGCGUUAUAUCAAACACAAAAUUCACCUCUACGGUCACCUCUCACUUCACCAAUUCAUACUCCCAUUAGUUCUCCGCUGCAUUACCUGAUGGCUUCACAAAUACGUUCUCCAAUAGCUUCACCAAUGCAUUCCCACAUAGUUUCACCACUGCGUUCUCCCAUCAACUCAUCUGGAUCACUCUCUGAUGUAUUGCUCUUCAGCAAGAAAACUUGAUGACAAGAAAACAUAUAAGUAUCCCUCCAAGCUUGCUCAGUCUUUCCGCCAUACUUCAAGACUUUACCUGCAAUACAAAACAGUGUAUACAUUGUCUCAAUUUUGUUUUCGAGUGGCUGGAUUACAUGUAAGGUUUUCUACAGAUAAUAAAUCAAUUCAUUGAGAAGAAAAGUCUGUUUUUUAGAGAA